AUGCAAGCAUUGUCCCCACCAACCGAGACCGACAGCGGCCGUAUACCAAAGGCUUGUGUGCCGUGCGCCCGAGCCAAAGUACGGUGCGAAAUUGACGCUGGAUAUAUGAGUUGUAAGCGUUGUCAACGUCUGAAGAGGAAUCGUAGCGGGCAGGCGCCUGGUGCUCACCGACGCAAAAGAGCCAAUGCAUCCGUAAGACCCGCGGAAAAUCGAGACGGCGUAUCUGCCAUUCUUGCAGUCUCGAAACAGAUUCCCAGCAGAGUGAUCACUUCCUGGUCUCUCAACUCGGUGGACAUGGCUCCCGCGGCAUACAUAGAUCUAUCCAUCAACAACGGCAGAGAGGCAGAAAUAGUCCUGCAAAGUUUCCGCAGUGAAAUGACAACUCUCUUUCCUUUUGUGGUCAUCCCACCAAGUAUGACAUUCGUGGAGAUGAGGCAGAAGAAGCCCUUCCUCGUCCUUGCGAUCCUGAUGGUUUGUUACCGCCAAGACCCGGCACGACAAACAACCAUAGCACACAAGCUGCGAGAGAUGGUGAGCCACAGCAUGCUUGUUCAAGGCAAGAAAAGCCUUGACAUGCUUCAGGCUCUCCUCGUAUAUCUCAGUUGGUAUCACGUUCCUGUCCAUCAGAGCUCACAGGUGGGCAAUAUCGGUCACCUCAUUAUGGCAUUGUUGUCCGACCUUCGGUUGAACAAUGGAGCUGUCGUGCAGACUCUCAAGCCCUCCUUUGGUUGUUUGGAGCCUUUCGACAACGAUGGCUCGGACGUCUCUGCCAUGCGGCCAACUAGCAGAGCUGCUCAGAGCUCGUCGAUCACAAGGACUCUGGAAGAACGUAGGACAUUUCUCGGUUGCUUCUUCCUUAUCUCUACGGUCUCCAUGUGGACUCGAGAGCUCUAUCCGGUGCAGUAUUCGAGAUACGUGGACGAAUGUUGUCGCGCCGUAUCUGAAGCUGUGGAAUAUCCUACAGAUCUCUCUGUCGUACACCUGGCGCGCCUCCAUGGCCUGGCAGACAGAAUUUCGCGUUUUUUGACUCCAGAGAAUUGGCAUACCAUCCCUGCAUGCACCUCAUUUCCUCUCGGGGCUUGUGUCAAGCUACUAGAGUCGGAGCUGCUACAGCUUAGAGCUUCCUUAUCGGAAGGAGGCCAGAAUGGUGAGCUGAAUGUGCAUUAUCAUGGUUCUGAGCUAACCACUGUAGCUGUUCUUCUCCUGCAUUAUCAUGCCAUUGAAAUCCUGUUGUACGAGACUGCACUCAACGACGGUAUCGGCCCCUCAAGGUACGGGACAUACCCUGUUUCUCGCCUUAGCAUGCUUUACGCGUGCUUGAAGUCCACCAAGCUAUGCUUCGAGACCGCCUACACCAUCCCAAACUUUGAAUGGUUCGACCUCCCUUACGCUGUCUGGGCUUUACUGGGCCACGCAAUAGUGGUUCUGUCGAGGCUGUCACUUUUCAAGGCAGCCGGAUGGGACCAGGAAUACGUUCGAAAGACGAUCGACUUCUCCGCAACCAUGGAAAAAUUGAUGCGGCAUCUCGAUGCUGCCAAGGAGUUAGCCGAAACCCGAUCGUGGUACCAGCUACCGCGAGUUGUUCCACAGCUAUAUCUGACGUUUAUGGAGAAACUAAGGCGGAUAAAGGCUGCCCUCGAAGCCAAGUACAAGGCACAACAAGCCAGUAUCCCCGGAGUGACGGCGAUUCCAAGUCCCGCACAAACCAUUAUGAUGCUUACAGACGACGAAAUCGGCAUGCAACGUACACCAUUUUUCUGCGAUUUUCUAAAUGAUGAUUUCUGGGAGCAUUUCACUUGA